UCGACUCCUUUCCCUGACUCGUGUUUGUAUGAAUGACUCAGUGAAUUCAAGUCGGUAGUUAAGGGACUCGAGUCACUCGUCGUCACCAAGCCGCUCGGAAUUGUGCGCAUGUACGGUUCACGAAGUGUCCCGCCAUCAGUUAAAUGGUCAGACAUGAAUCCAGACAUACAAGCAGAGCGACAAAAGGCCACAUUUGACGUGGAGAAACUCACCCACAUUUUGAACGGAGGCCCAGAAAAGACCAGAAGAAGACGAGAAAUCGAGUCCUUGGUCAUAAACGACCCAGACUUUAAAGAGGAGGACCCAAACUUUCUCUCCCGUAGCGAGCGCUAUGACCAAGCUGUUAGAAAAAGUGCCCAAAUGAUCCUGAAGAUGAGAGAGUUUGGCAUCGCAGACCCAGAGGAGAUCUACUUUUACAAAAGCAUGUUUCGGGGCAACUUUCACGAGGCAAUGGGACUACACUUUGUCAUGUUCCUCCCAACCCUGUAUGGCCUUUGUGACCCCGAGCAGUCCAAGAAAUGGUUACCAAUAGCGCAGUCCUACCAGGCCAUUGGCACGUACGCUCAAACUGAGCUGGGUCACGGCACACACCUGCGAGGACUGGAGACCACCGCCACGUUUGACCCGGUAACACAGGAGUUCAUCCUGAACAGUCCCACUGUCAGCUCCAUCAAAUGGUGGCCUGGAGGCCUUGGCAAGACGUCAAACCACGCUGUUGUUCUUGCCCAGCUUUACACUCGGGGAGAUUGCCACGGUCUGCACGCUUUCAUUGUACCUCUCCGUGACAUGGACACACACAUUCCCCUGCCUGGUAUUGUUGUUGGCGAUAUCGGACCCAAAUUUGGUUUUAAUGAGGUCGACAACGGCUUCUUAAAACUUGACCACGUACGGAUACCACGAGACAACAUGCUCAUGAAAUAUGCCAAGGUGGACCCGGACGGAACCUACGUCAAGCCUCCCAGUGCCAAGCUGACUUACGGCACCAUGGUUUUCAUCCGCUCCAUGAUUGUAGGCGAGUCUGCUCGCGUCCUCGCCAAGUCCAGCACCAUCGCCAUCCGCUACAGCGCCGUGCGCCACCAGUCGGAGAUCCGUCCCGGAGAGCCAGAGCCCCAGAUCCUGGAGUAUCAGACGCAGCAAUACAAACUGUUCCCCGUGCUCGCCAUGGCGUAUGCCUUCACUUUUGUCGGCCAGUACAUGAAUGACACUUACCACCGCAUCACCGCAGAUAUCCACCAGGGGGACUUCAGUCAGCUUCCAGAGCUCCACGCCCUGUCUGCGGGCCUGAAGGCUUUCACCACGUGGGCGGCCAACUCUGCCAUCGAGGUGUGCCGCAUGUCGUGUGGCGGUCACGGCUACUCCCGCAGUAGCGCCUUGCCGGACAUUUACGUGGAGUUCACCCCGACCUGCACUUACGAAGGAGAGAACACGGUCAUGAUGCUGCAGACGGCCAGAUACCUCAUGAAGAGCUACCGGCAGGCGAGAACAGGUCAGCGGCUCCAUGGCAUGGUAUCAUACCUCAAUGAGUCCCAGCUUCCGAGUGUCCAGUCCCAGCUGGUCUCAGCAAGAUCCACCGGUCUGGACAUCGAGGACCUGUCCGGCUUGGCGGAGCUCUACAAACUACGAGCUGCCACUCUGGUGGAGCUGGCAGCCAAGAGCAUCCAGAAGGAGCUGCAGCAAAGGAGGAGCCAAGAGGACGCCUGGAACAAUAGUGCUAUCGACCUGGUCAGAGCCUCCCAUGCCCACUGCCACUAUGUGGUGGUCAAGCUGUUCACUGACAAGCUGGGGGAGAUUGCCGCUGGCCCCAUCCACUCGGUGCUGACCACGCUCGCUCGGCUCUAUGCUCUUCACGGCAUCAUGGACAACUCUGGAGACUUCCUGCUGGCGGAGCUGUUGAGCGGCUCCCAGGUGCUGCAGAUUUCCUCUCGUCUCAAGGAGCUGCUCUCCGAGCUGAGACCCAACGCCGUGGCGCUGGUAGAUGCCUUUGAUUUCCACGACCAGAUGCUGAAGUCAGUGUUGGGCCGCUACGAUGGCAACGUCUACGAGCACAUGUUUGAGUGGGCCCGCCGCUCACCCCUCAACGCCACAGAGGUGCACGAGUCCUUUGAGAAGUAUCUGAAACCCUUGAGGUCCAAACUGUGAGAAGAAGACCCCACUUUUACACAAAGUCUACUAAUUCUUUAUCGGCAACUCCCUGAAUGACGAGGCAAGGAAAGGCUUUCCAUUGUGUGUAAAUAUCAUCUUUUUAACAAUACUUCAUGGACUCUACAAUUGAAUGAUGUCAGAUUUCAUUAUUUCUUGUGCUGGCCCGAUGGGCGACCAUUUUUUCCCCUCAGCGCUGCUAUUCAGAGCCAAACAUGAGUUUGAAUGUCCCAGAACAAUCGUGGUUGUUUUGCACGUUCGUUUGACUUCAACUUCUGUAAGUUUUGCUCUGCAUUGGCAAUCAAUGUUUGCAAACCACAGUAGGAAGGGGAGUCACAUGGCCUCAUUCAUCGCUGUUUACCUGACACAUGAAACCUGACACAUGGGGGGGGGGUGAACUGAGUUUUAAAUAUCUUCAAAUGUGUGGUUGUUGUUGUUUUUUUGGGCAAUUCCAGUUUUGACCACAGCGUCAGUUGCUAUGUUGAGUGGUGCCUUUCAUCACUUUCUAGCAGACUGCAUUGUAAAAUGAUCAACUUUCCUCUCACGCCAGAUCCACCCAAAUGAAUCCCUGUGGAGCAGCUGUACCACAGAAGCUUAGUGGGGUGGUCUGUCUUUCUGCCUUUCACAUAAAAGUGUGUAUACUUUACUCGCCUUGUGGGGACCUUGAAUCCUUAGGGACAGUACGCACUUAAAGACAUCUUUGAAGACUCGCUAAAGGUCCAACAUGCUCUUGAUUCUGCAUUUAAUGAACAUAUAAGAAUAGACUUCCUGGUUAGGGCAUCAAAUCCUAUGUACAAUGUUUCCUUGUCCCUGCCAUGUCCACAUCUUUCAAACAUCAGUGCUCCACCAAUAUAUAAGUCAAAUAUUUGGAUGGGAGCUGAAGUUUCUUCUAAAUCACUACAAUGGCAUCUUAAAGCUUUUUGGGGAUUACAAACUUUAUGUGCCUGAAAAAUUUGCCUUAAUAUUGUGAAUAAUUUGUCUGUAUUGUAUGCCGUCACGGCACUUGAAUCAUUAGGUGUCUAUUAACCAUAGUUGGUUGAAUAUUUGCUAGUUUUUACUAAUGAGGAUGAAUAAUUUGACACGUUGUCAAAAUAAAUCUAAGCAUCACAAA